AUGGGUAACCGAGGAAGUGGUCGUCGUCCACAACCGUAUCCAGUUUCUCCAGUUAUUAUUUCGAACUCUCCUGGCCCAGUUUAUCCUUCUGGUGGCCAUCAUCGAAACUGUCGUGGAUAUCCAAGUUAUCAUCCUGUAAAACUUAUGUCGUUCGAUGAUCCAUUUAAUACUAAUAAUGUAGUUACUGAUGGUAAUGUAACAAAUAAUUUUUAUAAUUUCAAUGAUGAAGAUCCAGCUGCUGAAUUUCUUCAACGAGAAAAACAAGAAUUAGGUGAUAUAACAGGUAAUGAUGAUAUGAAUUCAUUUGACAGUCCAUUUAAUACAAAUGCUAAUCAUUUAACAAACGGUGAACAUUCAUCAAGUAUAAAUAUAGGUAGUCAUAAUUCAGAAAUGUCAUCAGAUACAAAUGUAUCACAAUAUGAAGCAUUAUCACAAUUGAAUGAACCGGAAAAAAUUCAAAAAUGGAAAGAAGAAUUUUCUACACGUAUUAAUAAAAAAGAUGUUGAAGAAGAAACAAAAUGUAAAGAAAUGCGUGAACAAGCAAAAAAAGAAUUAGAUGAUUUUUAUAAACAACGUAUUGAACAAAUGGAACGUAUUAAAGGACAAAAUCGUUUAAAUAAUCGUACAUUAGAAGAUGAUAUAUUUAAUAAUGAUGAUAAUUCAUUAAAAACAUCAAAUGGAAAAUUUAAUGAUUGGGAUAAAAUAACAAGUUUAUGUGAAUUUAAUCCAAAAAAUAAUCGUUCACAAAAAGAUUUAACACGUUAUAGAAGUAUUUUACUUCAAUUAAAACAACAACAACAAACAAGUGGAAAAUAA